UCAUCUUUCACUUACUAAAACUGAAGUGAUACGUUUGACGUUGUUUGGUUAAGCUUGUUCAAAGGUCUAAUUUACUGAUCUGAUGGUUCGGUGUUGAACUCCACCUGUUGUGAAAUUGGCUAAUUUCACACCAUAAUUAAACUUCAGCUCUUUCGUAUGUGCUUAUGGGUGCCUUCCUGGAAAAACCCAAAACAGAAAAAGUAGUUAAUGUGGGCGAGGGAAACGGGCUUAGGUAUGCCAUUUCAAGCAUGCAAGGAUGGCGAUUAGAGAUGGAAGAUGCUCAUGUGGCAAAAACCGAACUUCCCAGUCCUCUGCAAUAUUGGUCGUAUUUUGGCGUAUUUGAUGGUCAUGCGGGAUCUCGCGUAUCAGAACUUUGUGCAGCCAAGUUGUUAGAUGCUAUACUUAAUACAGAAGAAUUUCAGAAGCUUAGUCUUGAUAAAGAGCUUGAUACAGCGAUUGUCAAAAAAGGCAUCAUAAAUGGAUUUUUGGCAUUUGAUCGAGACCUAGCGUCUGAUGAUUCUGAUGAGAAAUCAGGUUCCACAGCAGUGAUUGCCUUUGUCACACCAACCCAUAUAAUUAUGGCGAAUUGUGGUGAUUCAAGAGCGAUACUUAUUCGCGACAACAAAACCUUCCUUGCAACGCAAGACCAUAAACCAUAUAAUCCCAUUGAAAGUCGACGAAUUUCUGAAGCUGGUGGUAGAGUCAUGUUGUCUCGCGUUAAUGGAUCCCUAGCUGUUUCAAGAUCCCUAGGAGAUUUUGAAUACAAACAAGUGCUUAACCGUGGAGCAACGGAGCAGCUUGUUUCUCCUGAACCAGAUGUAUUCAUUAUUGAACGCAAAAAAGAACUCGAUCAAGUCCUUCUUCUUGCAUGUGAUGGAAUUUGGGAUGUUUUCGAAAAUGACACUCUUACCACUUACGUCCUUCAUCGGUUGUGUUGCUUACCGUCGUUGGCAGAUGUUUGUUCAGAAAUUCUCGACACUAGUUUGCACAAGGGCAGUCGUGAUAAUAUGAGUGUUCUCCUGGUAGCUUUAGAUGCUGCCCCAACUGUGAAUCCAGAGGCAGUUUUUAAAGAAAUGGAAUUAGAUACUUCUUUAAAUAAUAUGAUUGUCGAUAUAAUUAAUUCAGCCGGCGAAGAUGCUAACUUUUUGAAUGUGGACUAUGUCGCCAGUGCAGUUAAAAGUAUGAAUCUUCCCAAUUAUCCUCCGGGUGGCUUCAACACCAAGCGCGCUUAUGUAGAAAACUUUUUCAAUACUCAUUUCCGACAAAACAAGGUUUUCGCAAAAACGCAACUGGAUGCUCAAAGUUAACAAAAACUCCAUCUUUAACCUUCAAGACUGAUGCCGAAUGAUCACUCAUAUCUUAAUUCAUGUCUCGUGUCAUUCUGCCUAUUCUAUUAGUACCGUUUCUGUACUGACUUUAUGAACAUCGAUUUUUCACCUGUAAUUUGCUCCAUAAUGGUAUGUGUGUUUUUCUACUUGAAGAUGAUCUAAUUUCAGCCCGCAUGUAUUCACUUUACGCUCGAAUUUUCUAGCUCUCCUUCUUAUCUUAGAUACUCCGUUUCAAGCAGUGUAUAAUAUACUGUAGUUCUCACGUAGACUAUUCUUAACUUCACUUUCUAGAAGACUGGGUUCGAUUAUGUUUCAGUCAUGAUAUUCUUCAUUCUCCUAUAUUGUGAACAGUUAAAUCGUGGCUUCUUUAUAUGGGAAUAUAAAUAUUAUGAGCGGUUCCACUUACAUUACUACGCACUUUACGAAAGCAAAAAUCCUCAUCUGAAUCUGUUUCCUUAUCAACAACUAAUUUUGUUCCUCUGCAUCUCGUGUAUUCUACUUUUGUCUUUGUUAAUUUCCUGAGUUUAUGGUCUUAAUUGAUUUAUGAAAUGCAUCUUGUUUGUAUAAAAUAUCUAUCUAAUCCUAGACAAUUUAGUUCGCUCAACAUUUACGUAAACUUUCAAACUUUGAAUUUUCUUUGAUUGUCAGCAGAGUUUAAGUCCUUAUUCGAUACAUGCAUUGUGUUAGUUAGGAUCA